AUGCGGCGGGUUAAUGGCUUCACCGCCCAUCACAAUGGGGAGGAUAACCCUUUGGGCAAAGAAAUUGAAUCUUUUCUGAGUGACCAACAACAAUUCUCUUGCAUCAGUAACCUUACCAAAGUGAAUCCUGUCACCACCACAUCUGUCCUGAAGUGUCUGCAAGCGAGGUACGCUGUCGAUGUGUUUUAUACCAAAGCGGGGUGCAGCCUUGUGGCCAUCAAUCCCUUCCGCCCAGUACAGCCUCUCUACUCUCAAGAGCUCAUGAAAGAAUACCACACUGCUGCUUGUCUUCAGGAAUUAAAACCUCACAUUUUCACAGUAGCAGAAGAAAGCUACCGAAACGUCCAGAGCCAGAUUCCAUUAGUCAAUCAGUCCAUCAUUGUUAGUGGGGAAAGCGGUGCUGGUAAGACAUGGACCUCCCGCUGCCUGAUGAAGUUUUAUGCGACUGUUGCAGCUUCCCCUGACCUCCCAGAAGGCAGUAUAUCGGUGGAGAGGAUAGAGCAACGCGUGUUGGAUUCCAAUCCUGUCAUGGAAGCUUUUGGAAACGCAUGCACCCUUCGGAAUAACAACAGCAGCCGCUUUGGGAAAUACAUCCAACUUCACUUAAAUAGAUCUCAGCUUUUAACAAGUGCAUCCAUUCAGACUUUUCUUCUGGAGAAAACGAGAGUUGCCUAUCAAGCCCCUCAGGAAAGGAAUUUCCAUAUUUUUUACCAGAUCGCAAAAGGAGCCACGCUGGAUGAGCGCCAAGAAUGGGAUCUUCUGGAGAGUGCACAAUUCUGUUGGCUUCCAAAUUCUGAAAAGACUCUAGAAGAAGACUCUUUUGAUGUCACUCGGGAGGCCAUGACCCAUCUGGGCAUUGACAGUUUCACCCAGAAUAAUGUUUUUAAGAUACUAGCUGGUCUUCUCCAUUUGGGCAAUAUUCAGUUCUGUGAGUCAGAAGAUGAGGCACAACUUUGUGAGUUAGAAGACCUGGCCAAAGGCUUUGCAGAGACUGCUUCCCGGCUUUUAAGAGUGCCUGAGGAGCGUUUGUUGGACACACUCAGGAUCCGGACGAUAACUGCUGGGAGACAACGGCAGGUGUUCAGGAAGCCUUGUCUCAAGGCAGAGUGUGGAACAAGGAGGGACUGUCUGGCCAAGGUGAUUUACGCCAGGAUCUUUGACUGGCUGGUGUCCGUGAUCAAUGGAAGCAUCUGUGCCUCUAAUUCCGUGUGGAACAACUUCAUAGGUCUGCUAGAUGUUUACGGUUUUGAAUCCUUUGUGGACAACCACUUAGAACAGCUUUGCAUCAAUUAUGCUAAUGAGAAACUGCAGCAGCAUUUUGUCAGCCAUUUCCUGAAAGCUCAACAGGAAGAAUACACCGAAGAAGGUCUUGAAUGGUCCUUUGUAAACUACCAAGAUAAUCAAACCUGUCUGGACGCCAUCGAGGGCAAUCCUGUUAGCAUCUUCUCCUUGCUCAAUGAGGCCUGCCGCCUUAACUGGACUUCCAAUGCAGCACAGUUUCAAAGUCGGAUUGAGAUUGCUUUGUCCAAGAACGCCUGUAUAAGCCGAGACAAAUUUAGGAAGGAUCCAAACUUCAUCGUGUCCCAUUACGCUGGCAGCGUCUGCUAUCAAAUUGAGAGUAUGGUAGAAAAAAAUAAGGAUCCUGUUCCCCCAGAACUGGUCCUGUUGCUGCAACAAUCUGAGGAUGCCUUGCUUCAGAAGUUAUUUCCUGCAGAAGAGUCGAAUGCCAAAUCUGACGAAAACGAUAUAAAGACUCAAGCAAAGCCUGCACUUGUCACGGUCGUCUCCAAAUUUAAGACAUCCCUUGAGCGGCUGAUGGAGAUCCUGCACAGCACCACUCCGCACUACAUCCGGUGCAUUAAGCCCAAUGCAGACUGCCAGGCGGCCCUUUUCAGAAAAGACGAGGUUCUGAAUCAGCUGGAGGCGUGCGGCAUUGUAGCAACUGUCCACAUCAGUGCAGCUGGCUUUCCAGUUAGGGUUUCCUUUGGAAGCUUUUUAGAACGUUACAGGCUGCUGAAGAAAUUAAAGGAACAAAAUCUGAAAGCCACAUCCAGUCAAGAAAAUGGCUUUUGGCCUGUUGCAGGGAACGGCAAAUCAGGGACUCCUCCUGUAAAAGAAGAAGGUGACAUUUUGCAGUCUGAGGUCCAAGAUAUCCUUCAGCAAGUGAAACCCAGUAAUUCUUCCGUCAAACCUGGAGAAACCAGAUCACACAAUCUAUCAAUGUUUUGUGGCAAGACCAAAAUAUUUUUGACCAGCUCCAUGCUGGAGCUUCUCGAAUUCCAAAGGGCUUCUAUCUUAUCCGAGAAAGCGUACUGCAUCCAGUGCUUUUGGAGAAGGUUUAGGAGGAAGAAAGUGGCCAGGCAGAGAUGGUCUGCAACCAUCAUCCAAUCAGCUGUUCGCCAGUGGUUAACUAGGAAACAUUUCCAGAAGUUACGUAAAGCUGUUAGGAUUAUAAAACAGGCCUGGAAGAAAUGGAAGACCAAGAUGGCUGUGAUAGCUGCAGAAGAACUGGAUGGCAUGGAAGAACAUCCCUCUCUCCUCGGAAAAGCUGCUUCCUCACGCCAGGCUGCUAAAAAACUGGACGGGUCCUGGCCUCUGAAUUCCAUCAUCCACUCCUGGCCUCUCAGUCUUGUUCUAUCACGCGCCCCGACGACACUUGGGGGGCUCCAGAGAGACCUUGCUCUCCUAACGUGCCUCCAAGUCUUAGAGAAGGUGAGCUGGACCAAGGCGGAGACCAGGCUCCCAGUCGUAGGUGUCAGCUCCAUCCGAGCUCCUCCACAGGGCUCCAUCAAGUUCCACUGCAGGAAGUCCCCGCUGCUUUAUGCCAACACCAGGCCAUACAGCCACAGCUGCAUAGUGGCUGGGUUCAACCAGAUUCUCCUUGAGCAGUGUGCAAUACCUUGAGUCUGCAAGGGUCCUUUGGGAUCCUUGAUCUGCCCUGUAUUUAUUGCUCCUGGUAAUAUCUUCUUCUUAGGCUGCUUCCUGGAGGACUAGAAAACUUAACUUAAGCACUUCUUCCACAUAAAGAAAUGGUCUAAAACAGUGUUU